AGUAACAUGUUGUGGGAAACGCGGAUGGGGAUUUGGCAUUGUUGAUUUGUGAGUCAAUCAUUGAGGUAUCAUCUAUCAAUUUGAGUCAAUUGUUAAAUUAUCAUCAAUCAAAUAUGCCUGUUUUUACACGUAGCAAAAAAGUUCUAAGUUGUUUUUUUGAAGCCUGAAAGCCAGCUAAGCAUAUAUGCUGUUACGCUCAGAUUCAUUUUCCGAUCGAACAUCUGCAGCGUCUAGAGUACGUAUGUCUGUCGUGGGUUAGAGGAGUCAGUGUCUCAAAGCAUUAUAAACAAGUAUACAGAAUGUCUUCAAGUCAAACCAUCGUAAACAAUGUACUGUCGAAGUUCAGCUUAGUUCAGAGCAAAACAGUUCCUAACAGAAGAAGUGGAUUUUCAUGGCUAAGAAAAUGUUUUAUCGCUGCGCUGGCAACCUUGGUGUUGUUCGUUUUCAUGUGGGUUUUUUCAGCUUCAAAAAGGAUCAGCUUUGCUGUAAGUCUCGAUGCACAGGGCAGCAGAGAAGUAAAACUACACACCACACAAUCGAUACCUCCGCUCAAUUUGAAAUCAUAUGAUCUGGACCAUCUUUUUGAUGUCUAUAUUCACAACAGUACUAAAAUCAAGGAGUACUCAAACUUCAAUGCUUCGCUCUUAACCUCUGCAGCAACAUCCAUUUUCUAUCCCGUCCGACAAGGGUACGAAGUCGGCGAUACCGUUGAGAUUCGGAUAUACGCGUGCGACGGGAUGGGGCGCCCUCAGACCAGAGGUGGUGACUUCUGGUUUGUUAGAGCGACUUCACCCAACAAGCACUUCAGAACAGCUGCUCGUCUGGUUGAUUAUCAGAAUGGGAGCUACUCAGCUUAUUUCUUGGCGCCACUUGCUGGGAGACUGGACCUGCACGUUAUACUAGGCUAUCCAUCAGACACCGUACGGUGGCUGAGUGAGGUCUACAUGAAAGCUGAUGGGUGCUUCACUUGGGCCGCCAGAUACAACAGAUUUGACGUCGGCGAUGGCCAAGGUCGGUGCGUGGUGAAACGAGGUUGGAACUACUUGAUAAACAAGAACAUCUGCAUUUAUGGUGCCAAUGAGACUGGGAUGGGACAGAGCGCUUUUAUAUGCACCAUGCCUGAAGGAUUCAUUUGUGAUGACAUCAGAUCAUUAGUUUCUUAUAGACAGUUUGCUGGAAUAGAGCAGCCAGUUAAUCAGCUCAUUGUAGGAAAGAAGUACCUAUUCGAAAACACAUUCUACAAGACCCAGCUGAGAUCACCCCAAUCAGUGUACCACAUGGAUAUUGCAGAAAAGAGCAGUACAGGAAUGCUUUCUUUAAUCUAUGAUUACAAGAUCGAACGUCCUCGAGUAUUGUGCGGCGACAGCGACAGCAGGAACUCAAGCUUACUUCCAGAAGGAUAUUGGCUAGGCCCAAAAUGGCAGUCACUCGUCUGUUCCAACAGACACUCAUGGGAUGACCCGGGCAAUGUCAAGAAGUGCUUGGCAGGUCACAAAAUUAUCAUGUUGGGCGAUUCUAUAGCAUGCCAGUGGUUCCGAGUUCUGGAAAGGAAAUUGGGCAACAAGGAUGUGUUGGACUCGUUUUAUGGUUGCACCGAGGACGAGACGCAUACAGUCAUUUUUAAGACUCAUGUCCUCUCUGCGGCACUCGCGGCAACUUUUAACUUCGCUGGUUUAUGGCGCAUGUUCGAACCCGAAUACAUGGAUAAGCUCAAUGACCCCGAUGUAAAAUACGUUAUUUUUAUCAGCAUGUCAGCGCACUACGCCUCGUGGAAUAUGGACAGCUAUCGUGACAGGAUGCGCGCGAUUCGUAACGGUAUCGCACGCAUGCGUGCGAGGCUCGGUGACGAUCGCGUAAUGGCAGUCAUCAAAAAAUCUCAGCCUCGUGAACAACCUACAUUUGAAGCUCGUGUCCAUAGCAACGACUAUGUUUUCAGACAAAUGAGUCGAAUAAUGGAGGAGGAGUUUGUUGGCAUUAAUGCCAAGCUGAUAGAUACUUGGGAUUUAGUUACAUCUUAUCAAGAGCAAGUAGCAGUUCACAUGCCAUGGCCGUGUAUCAACGAAGAAGUAGAUUUGUUUCUUUCUUACAUCUGUCCUUCUUGAAAUAAGUGAUGUUAAUAGAUCUGUUAAGUUUUUUAACAAUUAAACAAAAUAAACACAUUAUUUGAAAGUAAUAUUUACUUUUACAGUAACAUAUAUCAUUGAGAGGUACAUGUAUAUGGGGGCCCACAUUGUCCUCGGCAAACCAAAGACUGAGUGACAUACCGGUACAACAAGUGUUAUGGUCUAGUCUGUGCCCCCCCCCCCCCCAACUACGUUACUUUGAUUGAUAUUUGCAAAUCAAAAGAAAAGAACAGAUUAGACACAGUAACAUCAGUCAAAGUAAAAAUAACAAAAUAUAACAUCGUACUUCCAUUUUGUAAAGAGUGUAGCGUGCAAUUAGUACAUCUCGUUGUGGACAGAACAACAUUACGUGACCACAUUAAAGAUCACAAGAUAUAGGGUUCGAAUCCCUGCAAGUUACGUCCUUUUGUGGACCUUGAUCUAAAUUUAUUUUCCACACUUGAUCGAGAUACAUAUAGAAAAUGGGUACCUGACAGGGAAAGAUUUCUUAAAAAUGAUAGAGAGACUCGUAAAAAUGGACGUAUUUAACAAGGUCUGCAUUGAGCGAUAGGACUAUUGAGCAUAACAAGUAUGUGUGCUAUGAUAAAACCUUUGAUCAUCAUUAUUAUCAUUGUAACCUGUAAAUAAAUAAUCAAAUAAAAAAAAAUUAGGUCAUGAGGCAUUCUGUUUAUAUGGUUUAACUUCUAUUAAUUUUCUUGAUAACCAUGCUUAGUAUUUCGGGCAAAGUAAUUUUAGAUGAGUGGUCUGUGUCCGUUUAAUAAUAAUCGUUCAUAAUAUGAACGAUUUGUCAAACCUAUUUCAUAUCUUUUAAUAAUUAUUGUGUUCUAAGAAUGUGCAUUUCAACUCUUUACUUUCCUCGAUUUUUAUCAACUUUGAAUAUUUUUGUGAUCCAGGGUUUUUGUUGAAAUGGAAUGAUGGACUAAUAAAAACAUCUAGUUCCCUUACCGUA